CGUUGGUGGCGGAAAGAAGGUGUAAGAAAUAGGCCUACUCUGCAGUCAUGGUUAACCUUGAAGGUCUCCCCAAUCCUGAUAAGAUCUUCGAUUCAUGGUAUCCCAUUUUGAUUGGCAUCGUGAUUGGAGUACUCUAUGGCUUUCGAGCUUAUUUCAGGGGUGCUCAGUGUUAUAGUGCUACUAAGCUGACAGGAAAGACAGCUAUUGUCACAGGUGCCAGCUCAGGAAUUGGUGAACAGAUUGCUCUGGACUUCGCUCAGAGAGGAGCCAGGGUUAUCCUUGCGUGUAAAAAUGAAGAAGCUGCAAAAGAAACUGUGGAAUAUAUCAAACGCAAGUCAAAAAAGAAGCAUGAUGUCGUUGUACUGCCCCUUGAUCUGUCAUCAUUUAAGAGUAUUAGAAAGUUUGUGGAAACUUUCAAAACAAUGGAAAACAAGCUGCAUAUUCUAGUAAACAAUGCUGGUACAAUGAUGGGACCCCAGAAAGAAACGGAGGAUAAAUUUGAAGAGCAAUUUCAAGUGAACUAUUUGGGCCAUUUUUUGCUGACCAACCUGCUAUUGGAUGUGAUGAAAUCCUCAGGCUCGGGCAGAAUCAUCAAUGUGACUGCAUCAGCGUACAAGCUGGGAGAAAUUAACUUUGACGAUAUUAAUGGAGAGAAAGAAGCAGAAUUCAACUCCGGGAAGCAGUUCUCUCAGUGUAAACUAGCCGUCAUCUUGUUCAGCCAGGAAUUGGCUCGUAGAUUAGAAGGUACAGGCAUCAAUGUCUACUGUGCAAACCCAGGUAUCACCAAUACCAAUAUCCACAGACACUUCGUCUUCAAGACAAACGCCUUCGUCAGUCUUAGCUUCUCUCCGUUUACCUGGUUCCUGAUGAAGUCCGCCUAUGAUGGAGCACAGACUGCGAUACACUGUGCUGUGGCCGAUGAAGUCAAAGACAGCACUGGCAAAUACUACAGUGAAUGCAACGAGGCUGUCCUAGAAUCUCAGGCUAUAGAUGAUGAUCUGGCAAAAAAGCUGUGGCAAGAAAGUGUAAAAUGGACACGCCUGGAGAGGGACGCAACUGCGGUGAAAAGCUUAAACAGCGGGGAUAGCUGAGAAGUUAUCAUUCAGACAUGACUGUGGUGACAGGAUGUGGCACAUGCAGUGUGAAACAAAGGAGUGUGUCAGUAUGUUGAAGGCAGAAUCAGACAAGAGAGACAUCAGUGAAGUGCGAGAAGACAAACUGUGGUGAUGCAAGAAGAACUUGAGUUCCAGCUGAUUUAUUGCGUGUUCUGAAAACAAGGAUGUCACCCAAAAACAGCAGAAAGGCAAAUUUUUUGCUUGAACUCAAACUUUAACCACUUCAUAGGCUUCUGGAAAUAUUGUUCCAUUUCUAAUAAUCCAUUUCAAUACACUACAUCUACAUGAUGUGGGGCACUCUCGACUGAAUUUGGUUACUCAUUUGAUAUAUUUCUGGAACCACAGUUUAUAAUGUGGAUCUUGCUAGAUUUCCCUGAUGAAGAUUACAGAUGGAUUUACAGGCUAAUCUCUGGCCAACCCCACCUCUGGCCAGUCCCAUACUGAGGAUGUGGUGAUGUUUUAGCUGUUCUGUUGCAAUUGGACAAUUGUGCAUCUUGCACAAAAUCAGAGCUUAACAACUAAUUUUGUACGGUAUCUUUCUUUACAUUUAUUUAUGUGCCACAGGGGUAAUGUAUCAUACUCAGCUUUAGCUAUCAGCUUGUCUGAAUUAUAUUACAUUUAUCACUUGUCAUUUGCAGAAUUUGUGGCAUUAUAGACAAAACAGCCACACAUCUUGAUCAUGUCAUGAAGUCUAGCCAGACAUUUUCUUUCCAUAAGUUCUCACUGGCUUGAAUGUUAACCAAGAUAGGAAUAUGUUUGCUGGCCUUCUACAAAGGGAGGCAACUCCAGAGACGCGCUAUCUUUCAUGUUGAUUUGUACGGAUGGAUUUGCCAUCCCUUUGUUUCGGUCCAUUCUAGCAGACCUGCAGAGAUUCUGCCAGAUACAGAUAAUGAAUGUCAUGGUUUAAAUAUGAGUGUCAAUUUAAGGUAUGUUUUCACCCAGAUUUUGUCUGGUGUCAUUCAUCCAGAUACAUACAUGUAUGUACAGGUAAUUCAACUGGCACCUGAGAGAAUACACGAGUUCACCAGUUCUGUGUUUGGAACGUAAAUAAAACCAUUUGCUACUGUGUUUGACCAUUCAGAAAGCAGAGUUUGGAUGCAUGGGCAUUGGUUUAGCAAAUAUUAGCUCUUUUUGUCAUAAUGAGAGUUUAUUCACAUUCUAUAGGGUGACCAACUAAACUAUAUAUCAGAACACUGUAAACUGUGUUGUAUGUAAUGUAUUCCAUUGGCAUAUAUACAUGUGAAAGCUUGACUUGAAUUCCUGGCAAUUCAUUAUGUUUAGACUGAUGGAGAUGGAGGUGAAUACCAGGAAAUGGUAGGAUGCCUGGAGGUAAAAUAAUGAAUGUGGAGGUGAAUUUAGGCUAGUAAGCCUUGGUCAUGUUGAACAGUGAGAUGGCCAGUUCAUAUCCAGUUUUGUCUGGGUUAAUCUUCAGCAUGACAUCAAACAAUUUAUUGGGUAGCCAUGAAGGUGUUAAGAUUUUCUGGCAGUCCAUAUAAAACACUUAUCAAAAUACAUUAUUGUAAUUUUUAAUAUCAUAUUUGAAGAUUUUUAAUGACUUUGAUACCAGUUUUCAUUGUGAAUCUAUGCAAUACUGUUACAUAUUUUAGUUACAUCAAAUAUGAUACAUUUUCCUCCUGUUUGUCAGAGUGUUGAAUGAGUAGGAAAUGUACUUAUUCAGACUCUUGGGGAUUCUAUAGUUGCUUUUGUUUGUUUAUUUUUUUUAAGGAAUAAUAUCAGGAUUUUCUUUAUAUUCACAAGUAGUUUUUCACAUUUGUUCAACCCUUUUUUUUUUUUUUAAACUACUGAGGUGGAUACUUUGAUCUUUGACCCUGACCUUGUUUCAUACUACUCAGAUCUAAAUCAAUAUACAUAAUAAGUCAAAUAUUGUAUAGAGAAUUUUGAUUACCACUUGUAAAUAGUGUUUUUGUGAAAAUAAUAACCAAAUUAUGUUUUGCGUAUCAUUGGUUGUCUUGCAUUCUUUACGCUGUUCAUUAAACAACAUUUACUGUGUGGAACCCGGCUGCUUUGCGUUAUCAAUGUACAUUAUAAAUAUACUCAGCGCAAAAAUUAGUAAAUGUAUGGCAUUCCUUUAUGGUUUUAGAACUGGGGAGAAUGAUCUUCUUCAAGGAUACAUGUAUGGGGUAUCCUGUAAAUUAUUGAAGGCGUACAUGUAGGACUACCUGAGCACAAAAUAUUAUGUGUGCACAUAUAUAUGAUACAGUUAUGUAUGUAAAUUCAGUGUAAGAACUCUCAAGAUGAAUGGUUUCUCUUUUCUCAGUUGUAUCUUUCAUAUUAAACUGAAUUUAAUAAAAGCCUGCAGGGAGGUUGUCUUCCUGCAGAUUAAAGAUUCGC